AUGGAUACACCAAGAGUGCUACGGUUAAGGUUGUUCCUGAUGCUGGUAGCCUGUAUUUUUGUUACAACUGUAAGUAGCUCCGUGAGCGAGAAAUGCACAGUGAAUAAGUAUAGAAAUGUUGACGGGCGAUGCAAUAAUGUUCACCGACCGAAUUGGGGCGCAAAGAACUCUCCGUUUCUUCAGGUUUUCUUGGAAGUUCAAAAUGAAUCGCAUUCGACUAAAUGGCCCGAGGCUUCGGACGUGGCAGAACUAUUGAGUAGAUUAUCGAUAGCUGGAAAUAAACAUUUGACUGUAAUGUCGGGAAUGUGGGCUGAUUUCCUCAGGCUAGAUUUAGCCAUUGAAAAUACAACAGACAAUGGAGUUAUAUUAAACGCUGCCACUAGCUUUUUAGACGCUUCUCCCAUAUACAACAAUGUUUCUUGCGAAGACUCUCCCAUAAGAGUUACUGUAUCUGAGUUUGGUUAUCUUAAAUUGACUCCUUGUACAAGAUCAUCGAACGAAAACUCCGAUUAUUCAACAACGAUACAUAAUUUAUUGAUAUUGGAACAUAACCGUUUAGUUGAAGAAUUAAGAGAUAUCAAUCCAGAUUGGUCAAACAAUACGGUUUUCGAAGAAGCUAGGCGAAUAACAAUCGCUCAACUUCAACACAUCACGUAUAAUGAGUUUAUUCCCAAUGUCAUAGGACACGCAAUGAUGACAGAAUGGAAUUUAAAUCCACUGAAACGUGGAUAUUACACAGGUUAUUCAAGCUCCAACCAACCUGGUACUAUGCAAAGCAUAUUUGCUACCGUUUUGCCGAUGUUGCCGUCGAUUAUAUUUGAUAAAUACAAUCAAAACAAUUUAGGUGACGCCGAAAUCACCCAUAGUUUACCGAAAAAAAGUAUUGAAGCGUUAUUGAAUUUGGGUAGACAAAUUAAAAUUCCAAGUUACAAAACAUGGAAAAAUGUAUGUUCAAGUGGUUCUUCUCAAAUAGAAAAUCAAGCCAUAGAUGAAGCUAAUAAAACUUUAUACAAAACUUAUAGUGAUAUGGAUUUGUUAUCUGGAGGUUUAUUAGAAACACCUUUGAAAGGAGCAGUAUUUGGUCCCACAUUUUCUUGUUUACUUGCGAAUCAAUUAUAUUUAACCAAAAACAGUGAUCGAUUGUGGUACGAGAACGAUUUUCCUCCUUCUACGUACAGUAAAAGUCAAUUACAAGAGAUUAGACAAACCACAUUAGCUGGAAUUAUUUGUUCAAACUUCAAAGACGUUACAAUGAUACAACCAAAAGCUUUUAUAGAUCGAGACGAUUAUCUAAACCAUCCAAUAAAUUGUGAUCAACAUUAUAAACUAGAUAUUUAUAAAUGGAAAGAAAGUUCAGUGGUCGAUGAUGACGAAAUUACAGCGAAUAAAACGGAACAAGAUAUUGAUCGGAUUAAUAGUGAAGUACUAGUGAAAGAGGCGUGGAAAAAAGCCGAAGAUGACGUUAGCAGAAGAAAACAAACGGAAUUUUUGUUAUGGUCAAAAAAAGGGGGAGUGGACCCCAAGUCUCCUCUCGGAAUAGCUGCUGCGUUUAGUAAAGCAAGUAAAUCAGCACUAAUACUAGCAAAUAAUUCACUUCUGUUUGAGUACGCUUCAAAAGAAUUAUUGAAAACGUUAGGAAAAAGCCGUCGUCGUCGUCGUCGUCAAAUCUUGGAUAGCGGUGAUCCAUUAUUUAGUUUAAAUUCUAUAGGACCUGGUUUCUUCGAUGAUUUACAAUUUACUGAAUUAUAUCCACCACCGAUCCAUUACAGUGAUGGCGAAUGUCCUGUAGAAACACACCCUUGUGACCCUCACAACCCUUAUAGAUCAUUUAGUGGCUACUGUAACAAUUUAAAAAAUCCAAAUUUUGGUAAAGCAUUAACGACUUUUGAACGUAUAUUGCCGUCUGUUUACGAAAACGGAAUAAACCAACCAAGAAUGACAUCCGUAACUGGUACACCAUUACCAUCUGCCAGAUUAGUGAGUACUAUGUCUCAUCCUGAUAUCAGUCAUCUUCAUGGCCGUUACACGCUUAUGCUUAUGCAAUUCGGUCAAAUUUUAGACCACGAUAUAACGUUUACUCCAGUCCACAAAGGAUACUUCUCAUCAAUACCUGAUUGCCGAUCAUGCGAUAGUCCGAUAACAGUUCAUCCGGAAUGCAUGCCGAUACCAGUGCCUGUUGGUGACCCAUUUUAUCCGCAAAUAGACGUGCACACUGGACGUCGAGUAUGCUUACCGUUUAUGAGAUCUCUACCAGGUCAACAACGUUUGGGACCCAGGGAUCCAACCAAUCAAAAUUCAGCGUAUUUAGAUCUUUCUAGCGUAUACGGCUCAGAUUCUUGUAUGGCCAAAGAUCUUAGAGCAUAUUAUAUCGGUAAAUUAAAUGUUACAAGACACCCGAUACCAGCCAGAAAAGAUUUAUUGCCCCAAUCUCCUAUACAUCCAGAAUGUAAAUCGUCGUCUGGCUACUGUUUUAUUGGAGGCGAUGGACGAGUAAGUGAACAAAUUGGACUGACUUCACUGCAUACAAUUUUUAUGAGAGAGCACAACCGUAUCGCCGAAAUUUUACACAGACUCAAUCCGCAUUGGAAUGACGAAAUUUUGUUCCAGACCGCGAGAAAAAUUUUUACAGGAGCUUAUCAACAUAUCGUGUACAAUGAGUUCUUGCCACGUAUCUUAGGUUGGGAUGUUGUCGAUAAAUACGAUUUAAGACUUUCUUCUACUGGAUAUUACAAAAGUUACUCUUCCGAUUGUCAUCCGGGACCAUUUACAGAAUUUGCUGUGGCCGCUUUUCGAAUAGGCCAUAGUUUAUUACGACCUCACAUUCCUAGAAUGUCACCAACAUAUCAACCUAUAGAACCGGCUUUGUUAUUAAGAGAUGUAUUUUUCAAUCCUGACGUUAUUUAUAAGGACCAAAUGAUUGAUGAAUUAGUUAGGGGUCAAGUUAGCACGCCAAUGGAAAACUUGGAUCAGUUUGUAACUGGUGAAAUUACUAACCAUUUGUUUGAAAACGUGAAAAUACCACAUUCUGGGCAAGAUUUACCAGCUCUAAACAUUCAAAGAGGUCGCGACCACGGUGUUCCUUCGUACAACACAUUUAGAGCAAGAUGCGGUCUUCAACGAGCAAAUACCUGGGAAGAUUUAUCAAGGGAACUAUCUCCAGAAGUUAUUGUUAGGUUCAAAACGAUAUACGCCAGCCCAGAUGAUAUCGACUUAUUCCCCGGAGGCUUAAGUGAAUACCCGGUAAAAGGUGGUCUUGUUGGACCAACUUUUGCAUGCAUUAUAGGCUUGCAGUUCAGACACCUAAAACAAUGUGAUCGUUUUUGGUUUGAAACAGAUAACCCACUAAUUAGAUUUUCUGAAGCUCAACUUGCAGAAAUUCGAAAAGCAACUUUGUCUAAAAUGUUAUGUGAAAACAUGGACGUACACAGUGAUAUUCAGAAAGCUGCAUUUGAUCAACCAAACGAUUAUCUGAAUCCAAGACUUCCUUGUCAAGUAUUGCCAGUAAUUGAUUUAACUCUAUGGAAAGACAAUCAUCGAGGUUGCAAUAUUAAUGGCCAUAUUGUUGCAAUUGGUGAAUCAUAUUUGCCAUCACCUUGCACCAGCUGUAUCUGUACACCCGAAGGGUCGAACUGUGCUUCGUUAAGAGUUACCGACUGUGGUCGUUUAAUGAAUGAAGUUGGCGUCGAAAAAAUGAUGCGGGAUGAUGUUUGUGCAGCGCAAUGUGCUGGAUUUGUUGAGCAUAGUUUACUAAAAACAGAACCAAUUCUACUAUCUUCUAGACCAGAAGUUCCGUCAUUCUUAACUCCCCCGAGCAGGGGUUCUAAGUUUUUAGAAGAAAUAGAUUUGUCACCACCACCUCAUAUCAUAAGAACACGACCUUACAGAAGGCUAAAGAAUAGAAGAAGGCCAUUUAGAAAAGAUUUUCAAUUUCCUGAUGAAACAAUAAUUAUUUAAUUUAAAAACUAUCAAGUAACAUAUUACACUAGUAUUUUCAUUAAAAUUACAAUAAUUUACAGUUAUGUAUAGUAGGCAGAAGGUGCAUUGAAUUGUAUAUAAAAAUGUAUGUAUUAUUAUUAAGUCAUAAAUUCAUUACACAUGCUAGUGUUGUAAAUUACAAAUCAUUUUCUAUAGCAUUUCUUAUCAUAAAUUAUAAUAAUAACAGCUUUUAACUUUGUAUGGUAACUUUGCAUUCAUUGGAACACCAAACAAAUAAAUAGGAUUCAAUCAUAGGAAAAUAAAUAUAAGUCACACAUAUUAUACAACAAAACCAUAUUUGA